UUUAAAAAUUUUAAAAAAUAUUAAAGAAAAGUUGAUUAAAUUUAUUAAAAAUAUUAUUAAGAGUUAGGAUGAGUCGUAGUCAUAACAAUUAUCCUACGGAAAAUAGUGUUAUUGGUUGUUCAGAAACAGCACAGCCUGGAGUAGCUAUUUUAUUAUUAUUGCAGUUUAUUGAUGGGUUAAGCUCAACACAAAAGAGAUAUGAUUUGGCAGGAUGGAAAGCUUUUGUUCAUUCAUAUUUUACAGAUUACGCUAUGAUGAGAUUAUCUUUUGUUUCGCCUCAGACAACAUAUCCUACGCCGUAUGCAGCACAGAAUGCACAAAUGGAGCAUACGUCUCGUGUUUUUGAAUUAUCUACUCUUGUUUUACCUAUUUUUUUAUGGACAAAUCAUGAAAACGGAGUUACACAGAUGCAAUUUGUCUUGGGAGCAGUAAAAGAGCAAAUAACAGUUGCGCAUGGUUAUGUAGUGGCAUGUCCUCAAGCAAAACUUAUUUAUUGGUAUUCAAAUGGUUCUCAGGUUGUUGCUGAAGGACAUCUUUGUGUUCAAUUUACACCAGCUAUAUUGAAAAUGGAAUGGUUUGAAUUUAUUACACUUCGAUCAGAUGAGUACGUUUUACGGGAUAUGGCUCGCUCAAAUCUACCAUUAUCUCCAGUAAAUGAUUUGGGGAUUACUCGUAAAGCGUUAAGAUGUCUUGAAAUGGGCGAAAGUUUGACUGACAUGUAUGCUUUAAUGGUUGCUUCACAGGUUAAUCGAUUAGGGCCGUUGAAAACUCUUUCACAUUUUGUGUCAUUGCUUGAAUGA